GUCGCAAUGGACUCUCCCAGCGCUCGGUGCGUGUGGCGGAGGCUGCAGCGCUGACGCCGGGCUGGUACCCGCGGGCUGCUCCUGCUGGAUCCCCACGAGCAUCCUUCCUCCUCGGAGCAUCCUUCCUCCUCGCAGCCGGCGCUGGAGCGGACCACGCGCUGACACAGGUGUGGGCCCCGCGGAUGGGUAGCGCUGCUGCCCAACCCUCCGCAUCCGACUGCGGCCCCCAGGCGUGAGGGCUCAGCCCCGACACAGAGACCGCCCCCAAAGUCCCACGCCGCCGCCCCAACCCAACGUCGCCAUGGAUGAGAGCUUCCGAGACCGGACGGCGUUCAUCCGCGGCGCCAAAGACAUCGCCAAGGAGGUGAAGAAGCACGCGGCCAAGAAGGUGAGCAAAGGCAUGGACCGCGUGCAGGACGAGUACACCAAGCGCUCCUACAGCCGCUUCGAGGAGGAGGACGACGACGAGGACUACGCGCCGCAGGACGGCUACUACCGGGGCGGUGAGGGGGCGGCCGAGGAGGAGGGGGCUUCCAGCGAUGCCACCGAAGGGCACGACGAGGAGGACGAGAUCUACGAGGGCGAGUACCAGGGCAUCCCGCGGCAGGACUCGCUGAAGGGCGGCGAGAGGCUGGGGGGCGAGGUGACCCCCGGGGCCUUCGAUGACAGCGAGGGGCAGCGGCGCAAGGACAAGGAGGAGCUGGCGCAGCAGUACGAGCUCAUCCUGCAGGAGUGCGGCCACGGGCGCUUCCAGUGGAGCCUCUACUUCGUGCUGGGACUGGCGCUGAUGGCUGACGGCGUGGAGGUGUUCGUGGUGGGCUUCGUGCUGCCCAGCGCCGAGAAGGACAUGUGCCUCUCCGACUCCAACAAGGGCAUGCUGGGGCUCAUCGUGUACCUGGGCAUGAUGGUGGGCGCGUUCCUGUGGGGCGGGCUGGCCGACCGCCUGGGCCGAAGGCAGUGCCUCCUCAUCUCCCUCUCCGUCAACAGCGUCUUCGCCUUCUUCUCCUCCUUCGUCCAGGGCUACGGCACCUUCCUGUUCUGCAGGCUGCUCUCGGGCGUGGGCAUCGGCGGUUCCAUCCCCAUCGUCUUCUCCUACUUCUCCGAGUUCCUGGCGCAGGAGAAGCGCGGUGAGCACCUGAGUUGGCUCUGCAUGUUCUGGAUGAUCGGCGGCAUCUACGCCUCCGCCAUGGCCUGGGCCAUCAUCCCGCACUACGGCUGGAGCUUCCAGAUGGGCUCGGCGUAUCAGUUCCACAGCUGGAGGGUCUUCGUCCUGGUGUGCGCCUUCCCCUCCGUCUUCGCCAUCGGGGCGCUGACCACUAUGCCCGAGAGCCCCCGCUUCUUCCUGGAGAACGGCAAGCACGACGAGGCCUGGAUGGUGCUGAAGCAGGUGCACGACACCAACAUGAGGGCCAAGGGCCACCCCGAGAGGGUCUUCUCGGUGACCCACAUCAAGACCAUCAAGAGGGAGGACGAGCUGAUCGAGAUCCAGGCGGACACGGGCGCGUGGCACCGCCGCUGGUUGGUGCGCUGCCUCAGCCUCUCGCAGCAGGUUUGGAGCAACUUCCAGCAGUGCUUCGCGCCCGAAUACCGCCGCAUCACCCUGAUGAUGAUGGCCGUGUGGUUCACCAUGAGCUUCAGUUACUACGGGCUGACGGUGUGGUUCCCGGACAUGAUCAAACACCUGCAGAACAUCGACUACGCCUCACGCACCAAACUGUUCACCCGCGAGAAGGUCCGGCACUUCACCUUCAACUUCACCCUGGAGAACCAGAUCCACCAGGGCGGGGAGUACUUCAACGACAAGUUCAUUGGGCUGAAGAUGAAGUCGGUGACGUUCGAGGACUCUCUGUUCGAGGACUGCUACUUCGAGGACAUCACCUCCAGCAACACCUUCUUCAAGAACUGCACCUUCAUCUCCACCAUGUUCUACAACACAGACCUCUUCGAGUACAAGUUCAUCAACAGCCGCGUGCUGAACAGCACCUUCAUGCACAACAAGGAGGGCUGCCAGCUGGACUUCAGCGAUGACAACAACGCCUACAUGAUCUACUUUGUCAGCUUCCUCGGCACCCUGGCCGUGCUGCCCGGGAACAUCGUCUCAGCGCUGCUCAUGGACAAGAUCGGCCGCCUCCGCAUGCUGGCCGGCUCCAGCGUGAUGUCCUGUGUGAGCUGCUUCUUCCUGUCCUUCGGGAACAGCGAAUCUGCCAUGAUUGCACUGCUCUGCCUCUUCGGUGGCGUCAGCAUCGCCUCCUGGAACGCCCUCGAUGUGCUCACCGUGGAGCUCUACCCCUCCGACAAGAGGACGACGGCGUUUGGGUUCCUCAACGCUCUCUGCAAGCUGGCGGCCGUGCUGGGCAUCAGCAUCUUCACCUCCUUCGUGGGCAUCACCAAGGCUGUGCCCAUCCUGCUCGCCUCCGCCGCCCUCGCCCUGGGCAGCUCCCUGGCCCUCAAACUGCCCGAAACGCGUGGGCAGGUCCUGCAGUGAUGGGUGGGGGGGGGGGAAAAA